AUGAUGGGUCUUUUACAGAAGGGCGCAUCUGAACGUGUGAUCCACACUUGUAAAUGGUGCUGCGACAUGUCAUACUCCCCUAAUAAUGCCAACUCUUCCGAGUCAAUUUCCCCCCAAUCCCCUUCUUCCUCUUCACUGGCCGGCUCCAUGGCUGUAGACGAGGACUGGGCCGCCUUUUGGGUCUUUUUCUUCUUCGUCUUCGUCACUGCCGGCGAUGAGGCCUUCCUUUUCCUCGAGCUUUUCCUCGAGCCCUGUGCACCUCGCCGUCAGCAUCUUGCAAUGAUCGACGCGUUGUUUACUUAUCAGCCUGUCCUUCUGCCUCCCCCUCACCUUAAAACACGGUUAUCAGCUGUCGUACGAGCAUGUAACCUGACGUUACCUCCGGUCUUGCCUCCUGGCGCCGCCAUCCUGCCUUUGCUGAACACGCGCCCCCCAACCUUUGCCACCCUCUUCUCUGCUUGGAUUAUUCCCGCCUCUAGCUCUGCAGAGAUUGAUGGUUGUGAGCUGGAAGGUGGUGGCACGUCUGGAGACAUGGUGGAAAUAAGAUGUGGGAGAAUGAAUCAUAUCCAAGAAAUCCUGCAAGACGAAAACGCGGAUCAUGUCAACAAUCUCGUCGAGGUACUCAUGCGCCUCCGAGACAAACUCAACACAAUGGACCACAUUCUCGGUCCUCGGAACCAAGAUGAGGGUGGCGAUGGGAAUGCCAACGGCAAUGGGGGCAGCGGUGGAACCACCAAUAGAGGCCCUAACCCAAUUGCGAGUCGUACAAACACGCAAGCGCCAUGGGCGUACGACAUGCAAGAGAUGCAAAACCUUGCCACCGAAGGCCCAAUGCCCUUCGAGACCCUCCGCGAUCAAAGUUGGUUCAUGCCCGACACGCUGCUUAACUCUCGCACCAAGACUGGAUCGAAGCGAAUCACUCUAUGCGAGAUCAACACCCUUCGUAUGCGUAUUGGACUAAUGGGAAUCCCUGCCAUACGGCUGCGUGAUUGGGUGAGUUUCAUCCAGCUCCGCUUAGAGGAGCCCCCCGACAUGACCUCAAUCAUUUCCAACAGUGAUCCCUUGUCCCAAUUCGACAAGAUCGUCGAUCUCCGGAGUAGGUAUACCCACAGUGGGUCGUUGAAACGGUUUGCAUUGGAUACCCUAGAGGCUCUGCUCGUGCUUGUGGAAACAGCAAGCUAUAUCACUCGCGAAGAUGUCCAGACACCCAUCUCUCCCACUUUUGAGCACAUCUUGCGCUCUCGUUACUCGGCAGACAACACGAAACAUCCAUACGACGGUUGCUCUCUUAGCAAGGAAAUAACGGCUACUACACACUGGCUGAACUCGUAUUUCUACAAACAAAUCCUGAUCGAUCAGUGGGGCCCGGUCGUCAUCCUUGCACCACCGUUUUUCAUUGACUUUUAUCGGAGCACGGUUUUUUCGAAACGAUUUGGACACCCUGAGAUCGACAUUUGGAUCGGUUUGUGUGAUCACCAAGGGUGUACCCCCGUCGACGAUCGCAAGAUCGAUGCCAUCCAUGCACUUGACAAGUUGAUGCGUGUAGCCUUUGACCACGAGGUCGCAGGAUAUGCUCGUGGGUUGGCAGUCCAAUUACAUUCUUACGAUGUCGCUACCCGUCGCAAACGUCGUCAUGGGCAUGACAGGAAUCAUGUUCCGACUGUCACCGUGAUCUGA